UCAUUUUUUAACUAUCGACUUUAAACAAUGCCAAUUAAUUCCAAAUACAUUAGCUAUCUUCUUCGUCAUGACAGCCGAAUCGAAACGAUUGUCGAUGAUUAUGGAUUUAUUAGUUUGAAUGAUUUGAAUCGAAUAAUUCAAAAUGAUAAACAUGAAUUAAUCAACGAACAACAAUUGAUUCAGAUGGCAGAAGAUUCGACAACAAAAAAACGAUUCGAAUAUGAAUAUCGAUCAAGUGAUGAAGAUCCGAAUAUAAGUAAAUUGUAUAUCCGUGCAUUGAAUGGACAUUCAUUUGCUUUACGUGCAAAUAUUUUUGAACCAUAUAUAAACAAAGAUAAAUCAUCAUCUAAAUAUAUUUAUCAUGUUACUAAUUCACAUCUAAUCAACAAUAUUCUGAAUGAAGGUCUAAAACCAAUGGCUCGUCAGUUUGUACAUUUAUAUGAACAAAAAGAUCUGGUUAAAUAUGAUGGAAAACGUAACACUUUACUUGAAAUCGGUCCAAUCAAUGAAGAAAUAAGACUUUUUCGUUCAAAAAAUGGCUAUCUAAUGUGUCCGGAUAUUAUUCCACCAAAAUAUAUAAAACCUAUUAAAAGAUAAAGAUUCUCUUCACUAUUGGAUUAAUUUAAAAAAUGAAAAUUGAAUAAAAAUCUUUGCAAAAUUCUUGAAAUAAUUUUUAUCCAAAAUC